GAUAGUCCAGGAGUUCUGUUGGAUAGACAGUCAAUUGGCAGCAACCCUCUCGCUCUCUUUUUCUCUCUCCCUGUACCUUCUCUCUCUCAAGAGAACGAGCGGGAUAUAAAGCUCUCACUGGAAAAUUUCUCUCUGUUUUUUUAGUGGUUCUGAGCACCUGCCUGUGUCAAAAUGAGUGACACUCUGCUGGAUGAUGGGUCCUUCAUGUUCACUUCGGAGUCUGUUGGAGAGGGACAUCCAGACAAGAUCUGUGAUCAGAUCAGUGAUGCUGUCCUGGAUGCUCACCUGAAGCAGGACCCAAAUGCCAAGGUCGCCUGUGAGACGGUUUGUAAGACUGGCAUGGUGCUGCUGUGUGGAGAGAUCACGUCCCGGGCCAAUGUAGACUACCAGAAGGUUGUCAGAGACACCAUACAACACAUCGGUUACGACAACUCAGACAAAGGUUUUGACUAUAAGACGUGUAAUGUGUUGGUGGCUCUGGAGCAGCAGAGUCCAGACAUCGCUCAGGGUGUCCACAUCGACAGGAAAGAGGAAGACAUGGGAGCUGGAGACCAGGGUCUGAUGUUUGGCUACGCUACUGACGAGACAGAGGAGUGCAUGCCUCUCACCAUCGUCCUGGCUCACAAACUCAAUUCCAAGAUGGCCGAACUCAGACGCAACGGAACCAUCCCCUGGCUCCGCCCCGACUCUAAAACACAAGUGACAGUACACUAUGAGCAGGAGCACGGAGCAGUGAUCCCUAUAAGGGUCCACACCGUGGUCAUCUCUGUUCAACACGAUGACUUCAUAGGCCUGGAGGAACAGAAGGAGGUGCUCAAGGAAAAGGUGAUCAAGGUAGUGGUUCCGGCUAAGUACCUGGAUGAUAAGACCAUCUACCAUCUUCAGCCCAGUGGACGCUUCGUCAUCGGAGGACCCCAGGGUGAUGCUGGAGUGACGGGUAGGAAGAUCAUCGUUGAUACGUACGGAGGCUGGGGGGCCCAUGGUGGGGGAGCUUUCUCUGGUAAAGACUUCUCCAAGGUGGAUCGCUCGGCUGCCUAUGCUGCCCGCUGGGUGGCCAAGUCCCUGGUCAAGGCCAAACUGUGCAGGAGGGUGCUGGUUCAGGUAUCCUACGCUAUCGGAGUGGCUCACCCUCUGUCCAUCUCCGUGUUCACCUACGGCUCGUCACAAAAGUCAGAGAGAGAGCUGCUGCAGAUCGUAAACAAGAACUUUGACCUACGACCUGGUGUCAUUGUCCGGGAACUGAACCUGAAGAGGCCAAUCUACCAGAAGACAGCGUGCUACGGCCACUUUGGCCGGAGUGAGUUUACCUGGGAAGUCCCCAAGGAGCUCAACUACUAAACAUCUCCCCCUGGUGGUCAAGUAUAAUAACAAACUCUUAAACACCCCCGUGGCCAAAUAUAUAACAAGCUCUUAAACAACAUAUAACGAUCCCUCCCAGAGAUAGAAAACAGGCCCCCUCUACAGGCUACAACCACAAAUGGUUCUGCUUUUUCAUUGGCUAGUAUUGAGGUUAAGGUUUAGGAUUAGGGUGAAGGUUAGUGCUAAACAGUAAUUUAUGUGAUUGUAGCCCAUAGAGGGGUUUGUUUGUUAAUGCUUCUUAUCUUGAAUAAGAGGGAUGCAACUUAUAGAGGGGAAUCUCUAUUCUCCCUCCCUCCCUCUCUCUCUCCUCCAUCUCUUUUUCUAUCACAUCAAACAUUUCAGUCAAGAGAGAGGAUGAACUCACUGUGAUUUUAAUCAGACAAUCCACACAUGUUAAUUCAGAUAAAAGGUGUCCUUUGUAUAGUGUCUCACUUGUGCCUUAGUAUCAAAACAAUGACAUGUUAGAAGUAUUACAUGUGCAGAAGUAUUUAUUCACACUCACUCUGGACAAAUAGUGAUUCCAUUGUCACUUCUGCUAUUAAACAAAGAAACAAAGAAACAAAUAAAGUUAAAUAUUGAAUAUAUAUAUAUAUAUAUAUAUAUAUAUAUAAAGCAGAGCAUUUAGCCUCAAAACUGUGAAUUCGUGAUGUGUGGUUGGACUCAUAACCAGCAGUCGGGUUUAGGGGCAUGAAAUACAGUAUUGUGUGGAUGAAGGGCGGGUGAGUGGCGGGCAGGUUGAAUAAAGACAAAACAGUGUUGUGUGGAUGAAGGGCGGGUGAGUGGCGGGCAGGUUGAAUAAAGACACAACAGUGUUGUGUGGAUGAAGGGCGGGUGAGUGGCGGGCAGGUUGAAUAAAGACACAACAGUGUUGUGUGGAUGAAGGGCGGGUGAGUGGCGGGCAGGUUGAAUAAAGACACAACAGUGUUGUGUGGAUGAAGGGCGGGUGAGUGGCGGGCAGGUUGAAUAAAGACACAACAGUGUUGUGUGGAUGAAGGGCGGGUGAGUGGCGGGCAGGUUGAAUAAAGACACAACAGUGUUGUGUGGAUGAAGGGCGGGUGAGUGGCGGGCAGGUUGAAUAAAGACAAAACAGUGCAUUCAAAUUCAUAAAUGUAUAAUUCUUGUGCAAUUCAUACCUAUGGGCUAUUUUUAUCUGGCGUUAGUGCGUAGCCUGAGCACCUAACUGUACUGUGCCCAAUACAUGCAAAUUCUCAAAUUAUUUUGGGAAUUUGGACAGAAAAAGUUUUGUCGAUCCACUGAGGCAAAAAAGGACAAUGUCGGAGUUUGGAACAUUUGGAAUUGGCCGGGUUCGGGAAGACUAAAAUAUCAGACUCCUAAAGCGUUUCACAAACCUGUUUUUUUCGGCGCAUGUGAUAAAAACCAUUUGAAUUGAUCUAAACUGGAAUACCAUUCCAGUAAAAGGUGCAAGAAGUCCAAGUAACAGAUUUAUUAGUUUCGAAAAAUGUUUGUUAUUUAUGAGUAGCAUAAGAUUAAUGAAUCAAUCAUCAAUUAAUGUACAUGCAAAAACAUCAUGAAAAAUGUGGACAGCAAGAUGGGAGUUUUAUUCAUAACAUUGCUAAUUUAGCUAGCUAACAUACAUUUUGAGAAAACAAGUUAUAUUAACUGGCUAGCUAGCAACGUUUGGUGGUCAAUGAGACUGAGAGCUAGGUAACCAGCUGAGCUAGCAAACAAUGUAACAAGUAUAAUUUCGGAUUUUAAAAAUACUCCAUCAAUGGGCUCUGCAUUUCAGGAAUCACAGUAGCAAAUACUCCUGGUGCACUAUUCAAUUAAUUAGCCAUUUAAACGUGACUUUUUUGAAGGAAACUCUGUUUGUGCCGUGGCCCUCACUGGCUUUCAUGUGAUUUGGGGUGCGUUUGUAAAUUCAAUCAGGAGUGCCAGAGUGCGCUCAGAGUGCCCUCAGGGAGUUCGUAAAUUCAGAGCGUUUCGCUCUCGCUGCGUUCAGAGCGGACACUGGGGACGAGGAGUAGGGUUGAUCGAGUGUUCUGUCCUAGCUUGCUAGCUACUUCCAGCCACAAACGAGAGAACAAAUCACUCUGACCAUUUCACUCGAACCUAGCAGAGCUGGUUAGGCUAUUUUCAUGUUAUCCAGAGCAUUGGUGACUAACUGCUGCGGGCUACAAUUUAAUUACGCAUUUUAUGCCGACGUUUACUGACACCGGCCACAUUCAACGGGUGUUGAGCGUUUGUAAAUUCAUCAGUUAUUCUGCGCUCUGGUACACCAGAGCUCUGAAACCAGAGUAGAUAGCCAGAAAUAAUGUAAGAACCUUAAACGUUGGAGGUCAGAACCUUAAACUUUGGCUGUCAGACUCGACGACAGUUACUCCCAUUGGAGCGCUGCGAUUGGUUGCCCAACAUUUUGGGGCGGGGCUUAGCUGAGGGUUAAUUGUGACGCUCGUCACUACUUUUCAAUGCUAUUUUAUGUUUAUUUAGAAAAAAUAUACAUGUAGUGAUGUCUUGUGUUUGUAUUGUAUUGUAAUUUGUAAUGUUAUAUAAAAAAAAAUGUAAAAAAAUAAAAUAAAAAAUAUAUAAAUAUAUAUAUAAUAUAAUAAUAAUAAUAUAAUAUAAAUAAAAUAAAAAAACGAUUACAAAAAAUGUAUAAAAAAAUAUAAAAAACGAUAUUAGCCCCUCCACUCUGUCCAUAUCACCUAAAGAUGGUGCUAUAAAUCCUGUAUUGGUAGUCAUCCUUAAUCAAAGCGGAAUAUGUAUCUGCAGGUUCAAACCACAUCCUUCAAUCAACCAAAUAUUAGAAGGGAGAUCACCCUCUAACUUGGUUUUCGGAUUCAGUUACAACUCUUAUCUUUGCUCUGUAUCAAACUGGUUUAUAUUAUAUGUAGCUUUGUAAAGAUCAAAUUCACAAAUGUCUUAAUUUUGUAAUUAUAUCAUCGAUACUGAAGGGCAGUUUUUACAAUGCACUACUACACAACACCAACAACAGGUAUGUAGGACGACACAGGUCUCUUAUCCCAGGGAGAUCUUGGGCUGUAUACGGUACCUCUUACCAGUGUGUUACAGUUGACCAAAUCUAGCAGUAGACAUAGUUUUGAAUAAUAAGGCUUUAUAACCACUUAUAAGGCAUCAUAAGGAUGCUUAAUAACUGUCCAUAAGACCUUAUAAUGCUUUAUGAUGUGUCUAUGAACCCCUGCUCAGUCCUGUUUGACAAUGCUUUUUGUAUCUUCAUCUGUAGUCUAGAGCUACUGUAGAGCUGCUGCUGGGAUCUAGCUGUAAACAAUAUUAGCUGCCUUGAACCAAUGAACUGUUCUCAUCUCUGAUGGCUGAUAAGGUUUGAUGUAUUUAGUAUUCUGACUUGAUUGUGAGUUAAUUGUUGUGAUUAUUUUGCUAUAGGCAUAAAUAGUCUAUGAAUAAAUUGCCAAAGUGCAUGCAGCCAA